AUGGCAUCCGAAUAUAAAAUUCAUCGUCCAUAUGUGCUGGCGGCGUUACCCCGUCCGUUGGACCACACUGAUGGACGUAUUGUUGCUCGAGAAGUCUACGGUCUUCGAAAUGGCCAGAAGAAGAAGAAGCGCAUGGAGUUAGCCGUUGGCGUUGAUGGAGAGACGGCUAGUAUAUACGAUGUUCCUGCAUCCCGACUAAUCACGUCGUAUCCUAUCCCACCGCAAGAAUCCUUUACUUGCGCUCCGUACUCGAUCAGACUACGACGGUCAGGUAGCAACGAUGUUUAUCGCUAUACGUAUAUUGCCACAAGAGAUGCCAAGGCGUACAAAAUUACACUUUUCAGGGAUGUCGUGCAUCCAGAUGGCAAGACUACUUCGACAACAACUUCUCAGACUUUGCGAGCAUCUCCAGUUCGGCAUAUUACUGGAUCUUCCUCAACUCUCUCGUCAGGAGACACAGCUGGCGAUAUUGUAGCUAUCUGUGAAGACGGGCAAGUCUCUUAUUUGUCAGGCGAAGAUCUUCGGCUCCAAUGGUCGGCUCCAUCCAAGACGGCCGUCCAAGAUGCCCUUGCCGGAACUAUUGAGAGUUUGCAGGUGGAAUAUGUUUCGUCCGGAAGUGUGACGGACUUCCGAGAAGGAGUGUUCAAAAGCAGGCUCGAGAUAUUCAGCGCUCUACCCCGGGCCCUCGACGCCGACCCAUCGCUCGUCUUCGUGGCUGUCAAAACCAUUGCUCAAGGACAGUCAACCCGCCAUCUUUUGGUUUUAGCUGCUAUGCAGGCCGGAUCUGCUCCUUCAUCCGAUUUGCAGAAACUCAUUCCUCUGGAUAUCAGCCCUCUUCCAGCGGAGUCCUUCUCCCAAGACGAAACACCAACCUUCGAGGUUGACAUACAUUCAGGUCUCCUCACCGUUCUAUCAAGCGGAUCGCUAAGUGUAUAUGACAUCACUGGCGCUGUUCCAAAACAGAAGUCUUCUAUUCAAAUGACCGGCGCGCAGUCGUUUGCUCGACUCUCUAGACCAUUCCUUCUAUCCGCAUCCUCAGAUUCAAUGAUAUUGUACAACCAUCAUUUCCGCUCGGUUCAUGGCAGGGCCGACUUGGAUUUGUCUGAGCUACCUGCAGAAGGACCACAAGGUAGAUCUUGCCAAUUGAUCACUCAUUUUCGCAGCCAAGACCUAGUGGUUGGCUUGGUUGAUAAUGUGCUUGUGUCCAUUCAUGUGGAACCUCCCCAGCAUCACGGGAAGCGACGCAAGGAGGGAUUAUUGAUCGACUCGAUCGGCAAAGGCGCAUCUUUCUCAAUGCGAGCAAAGCGAUUGAAAGGCGACCCUUCGUCUUCGGAAUUCUCACGUCUUGUCCCUGGAAGUAUGACGGAAGAAUACAUGGCGUCAUUUCACAAUGAUAUCACAAUGGCAGACCAAUUGCUCGCUAAUAAUGACCUGGAAAGAUGGGAAGACCUCCUCCGCAGCAAGUUCGGCUUGAAGAUCCAGAGCGAUUCCACCACAUCAAAUGGAGAGGUGACCGCCGAUGUGGCUCAAGAAAUACCUGAGUGGAAAUGGCAAACAGACACUGGAUCAUACCCCCCGGUUGACCGACGAUGGGUGAUAUAUGCUAUAAGCCAAGUUUUUUCUGUGGAUAUGGCCGCGUCUGACGAGCAAAAGCCAAAACUACAACUGGCUCUCCCAGAUAGCAAUGUUACAACCUAUCUCGUUGUAGCAGGUCACUUGACGGUGUCCAAUCUCAUGUCGGCUUUCCGGGAUGAGCUCACUGUGGAUGUUUUGGAGGUCAAAGACAUUGCGACCGACUUGAUCCUUAGCCUCACUGAUGCAGACCCGUCCAUGACUUUGUUGCUUAACUACUUACAAUCGACCAAGUUGGGCGAAGUAGAGAUUUUGCUCGCAAUUAGAAGCUUGAUGCUGAGCAUGGACUUGCUGCCAGAUGCUAACAAGCUAAAUCAGUUGAAAUUAUUGACAAAUGGUGCUCAAGGUGGAGGAGACGCCGAGGAAAUGGACCUUGAUGAUCUUGAGCGAGAGAUUGCCAUUACUGAGCAUUAUUUGGGAGAUGAAUCAAGCAGCCGGUCCCGUGGGCUGACUCUGGCAUUCACAAAGCUAUGGUGUAUCCCUGCCAUUGCAACUGUCAAGGCGCUUCGUGCUACGAUUCCAACCGAGGAGUUGCUCGCCUUCAUCCAUUUACUGAGAGUCGAGCUGGUCCGUGGGGCAUGGACAACUUUGUACAUUGAUCCCACGAAUUUUGAUACUGAUGGCAACGAUCCUCCGCCAGAUGGCGUCAUUGCUCUCAUCGCUGACCUUCUUGGGCGAUGCCUGGAUGCAGUUGGUGCUGGAGGAUGGCUGUUCAACGACGCUAUGUCGUGGGCAGACAAAUCCGAAUCCGGCGACUUUUUGACCGCCCUUAAGCUUGAGGUUUCUGCAGCCCUGGAAGGAGUGGAGGAAUCUGUAUUACUCAAUGGCCUCGUUGGCGAGGCUGUACGGUACGGGUUCACAGCAGAAAAGAGCUGGGCAGCUCGUCAGGCCUGGAAUGUGAAUAAACCCAUUUCUUUACAACUGGACGGCAAGGAUUCUCGACUUCUGCCGCUCGGUUUGAAGACUAAGUUGAUACCUACGAAGGAGAAGGUGGUGUCUGGCGGAGAGGUUGUCCAUCGCAGCUCGCGAGAAACCGGACAUUUGAUCAGUCAAAAGGUGGAGGCAUAUUCGCUUGAGAAGCUGGCUAUUUGA